AUGGCGUCCUUAAGCAGGCGGCGCGUUCCAAAGGAGCCUUUCCACAUACACGAAGACACCCCCGAGGAUGUCCUGACCGACAACGUCGAGUCGGAGGAAAGCCACACCCAGGGCCGAAACAUUGAACUCGAGGAACCAGAGUCACUGGAGGGCGACGAAGACCAGGAAAACCACGAGGCCGAAGAUGAUGAUGAGCCGGAAGAGGAGGAAGCACCCGACGACGAGUGCGACUCGGACUCUUCCGACGAAAACGAGCCCAUUGAUAUGACGGUGCAGCACGAUAUGGAGAAGCUCAACGAGACGUUCGCCCAGUUCCGAGACAACUACCGUCUGAUCAAGCGCAUUGGCGAGGGCACAUUUUCCACCGUCUACAAGGCCGAGGACGUGCGGUACGAGCGCUUCAACAACAGCUGGGAUCUCGACGCCAAAGAUUCACAAUGGACCCCGCCUCCAUUGAAGCCCGUAUCCCACUCACAGUCCAACUCGCGGUCGAACCCUCCCAGGCGGCAGAGGAAGUUCGUCGCCAUCAAGAAGAUAUACGUGACCUCCUCGCCCUCGCGUAUCCUCAACGAGCUCGAACUCCUCCACGACCUGAAAGACUCGCCCUCGGUCUGUCCUCUCAUUACUGCCUUCCGCCAGUCCGACCAAGUACUGGCUAUACUGCCGUAUUUCCGCCACCAGGACUUCAGGAAAUACUACCCCAACAUGACGGUGCCCGAUAUCAAGAUCUACUUCCGGUCGCUCUUCACGGCUCUGGCUGCCGUGCAUGACAAGGGGAUCCUCCAUCGCGAUAUCAAACCCACAAACUUCCUCUACGACCCCGACAAGCAGCGCGGCGUCCUGGUCGACUUUGGUCUCGCUGAGAGGGAAGGCAUCGACCAUAAGCCCUGCCUCUGUCAUCUCGACUCGGAAGCCCGGAAACAGCGGAUAAGAGCGUCAUACGCCGUCAACGCGUCAAACACGGGCCCCCAAGCCGGCUACCCAAAGAACGACACCCGGCCGUCAAGACGUGCCAACCGAGCGGGAACCCGUGGUUUCCGUGCUCCUGAAGUCCUGUUCAAGUGCACAGAACAAACCACCAAGAUCGACAUCUGGUCCGCCGGCGUCAUCCUCCUCACCAUUCUGUGUAAGCGCUUCCCCUUCUUCAACAGCGCCGACGACAUCGAGGCCAUGAUCGAGAUCGCUACCAUCUUCGGGUCCAGGCGCAUGCGCGCCGCCGGCCAGCUCCAUGGCUGCGUAUUCGAAACUAACAUCCCCACUAUCGGCGGCUCGGGCUUCUCCUUUGAGAAAAUCAUGCUCUGGAGCACGUGUCGAACCGAUGGCGGCAACGAGAAGGCCAGGUUCCUGACCGAUGAGGAGAAGGCAGCCGUAGAAUUCUUGCAACGCUGUAUGGAACUGGACCCCAGCCGGCGAAUUAGUGCCGAGGAGGCCCUGAGACACGACUUCCUGAGGGUUGACGAUGACGAUGAAGCGGAUGGUGGCGAAGAGGACGUCAUGAUGUUGUAG